AAAUUAGAGAUGCUAGCAACGAUACGUUUAAGCGAAACUCGCGUUAGCGUAUUAUAAUGUACGCGUGUGAAUUUUUGUACAUCGUCGAUAGACGAUAAAAGGAACGAAUAGACGAUAAAAAGAAUCGCAAUUUACAUUCGUUGCGCAUUUUAUGCAGCAAGUAGCAUCUUAUAAGUCUGUAGAAACACGUAGCUUAGAAUAGCGAAAGGGACAAAUAUCGUAACAGAGAGACGCUACGAGCUUUAGGAGCUUUUCACCGAUAUUUUCACCUCAUCGUUGUGUCGCAAGUGGUUCGAACGUGGUGACAACGGAAUAGUGUAACAUUUAAAGAGGAACACGAACGUAAGUUGGAUCGCUUGAGUGGGUGGGAGAAUUCGUUGCUUCGAAGGUAGGCAAGGCUCUAUAUAAAAUCAAAGGAGGCUAUGGAAAAGGUACCAUACGAGUUAAAAACGUACUCUCUGUACGCUUAACGUUAUUACUAGGCCCCUCGUACGAAAUACAAAGAAAUACAACGAUGCAGCCAAUUAGCAUUGUUGUUCUUGCCGUUGUUUGUUGUUACAUCGUACCAUGUAUAAUAGCCAAAGAAGACGCUUUGCCAUCGACAGACAGCCGUUCCUCGAUUCUCGAUCAAUCUGUUGGUCAAUUAGAAAAUGAAGAAUAUUCGGGUGCUACGUUGAACAGGCAGAAAAGAACGCUUCUGUUGAAGAAAAAACUUAUCGGUGCGGGACUCUUGGGCUUCGGCUUAGGUGCCGUGAAAGGGUAUAAGCUUGGUUAUAAGACGGCUCCAGAAGUUCAUCAUGUUUAUGUAUCGAGUCCUCCAGCAUCCGUAAAAUACGUUGAAUACGUUGACAAACCUGUCUUCGUGGAAAGAAUAAUCGAGAGGCCAACUCCGGUUUUUAAACCGGUACACGUAGAAUACAGAGAAUCUUCUCCUUAUGGGCCUUGGUAAUAUCGACAGAAGUUAUCGAUCGGUGCAAGCAAUCACGUAAUAUUAAAUAAUAAUUAUAAGACAGAAAUAAUAAUUCAACAGCCGCCAUAGACCAACAAGAAGAAGUUUGUAAAAUACCAGGAGAUUUCUAUCGAAACGUCUUCGUAUUGGUUUAUUUUCAUGUACACACGCACACCUAUGUAUUUAUACAUACGUUCAAGACUCAUCGUACAAUAGAUGGAAACAAUAUUUUAUACUAUACUCGACGUUGUAUUCGUAACUAGCGAUCUAAAAUUUAAAUAGAUGCGAUAUCGUACUGUCUUAUUGCUUAAAAUGAAUUAUUGCAUCAAGACGAAUACAAAGUAACAUUGUCUCUUUAAUUAUCUUAAAGGGAAAAGAAAAGGAGUACAUAGAAAAAGAGUUUCGUUAUCUUGUAUCAUCGAUUAGAGUUUACUUUCCAUGUAUGUGUGUUCUGCUCCACGUUUUGCAUUAAUUUAUCGCACCGUUCUUAGCCGCAUCGUUGCGUAGAACAAAUUACGGAUACGUGGUUCGUUUGUCAGACGAUUGAUUUAAACGACUUAAUGUUAAAUAAACGCUCGUAUUUUUACAUCUUA